AUGUAUUUUAGAAAAGAGAGAGUGAAACUUCACGGCAAAACCAACUUUGAAUACAGAUCUCUAGGUAGAAAAAGGCCUGAAGAUGUGGCGAGAUUAGAGUUUCUGUCUUCAGCAAGGGAAUAAAAAUUCGAUGAAGUAAUCGCCAAGAGAUUGACAGCUACAAUCUAAAAUCCACUCUCUCAAUCUCAGGAAUUCUAUCAGAGUGCUCAUAAAACCAUGAAACAACAUCCACAAAUCAGUCGACCCAGAUUUGCGCAUCUUGAAGAGAAACCAAGACGAAAACCAGUUUGGGUUGGUGAUUCCUAUUUAGUCUAUACAGAUGUUGAAGGGAGAGAUGGUCAAAGGGCUCAUCAGGAUCGGUCAUUAACAACGACGAUAAAGGCUGAUCUUGCUUAAGCCAAAAGAGAUGAGCAUGGUUAGGCAAUACAGGAAACCUAAUUGGUGGGGAUGGAAGAAUAUGCUAAGAAUACAUUGGAGGGAAAAGUAGACUUGACUAAAGUAAAGGAAAUCAGAAGAGCCAUCAGAAGGAGAUAUGCAAAUCGUAAGAAUUUUUAGAAGAUAUUUACACUUUGGGAUGAAGAAGGAAAAGGCAAGGUUACAGUUAAGAACAUUUAUCAUAUGAUUAAAAAAUUAGGCUUAAAUAUGAAUUUGGAUGAAGUUCGAGUGUUGGUCGCUAGUGCUGAUGAGGAUUACAGUGGAGAUUUGAAUCUGGAUGAAUUCAUGAAUUUGAUAUUUAAUGAUAAUGAGGCCUUGAAUGUUGAUUUGGGAAAGUUGAAGACUCUGAAUGGAGAGUAGGAGUAAUUGCUAUUAGAAGGUGAAGAUGAUUAAAUACAGGAUGUAUUGAGGGAGAAAAUGCAAGUGCAGGUUGAAAAUAGAUAAUUCAAUUAAUUGAAUUUGAUAUUGAAGAAUAAGUUAUCUCAAUUGAACAAUGCUUUUUAGGAGUUGGAUCCAAUCGAAAUAGGGACAUGUCAAUUUCGAAAGAUUUAGUGA